GCAUCAAGGCAAGGCCCCAUGCCUCUCAAGCAAACCAAUAUAUAUACCUACCAGCUAGCUAGCUAGCCAUCUCAUCGAUCUCUAGAUCGAGCGAGCUCAUCACUGACCUAAUAAGCUACUCGCUCUUAACGACUGUGUGUCAUCAACCAUGAGGCACAGCAGCUCCCUAGCAAAUCUGGUCGACAGGCAGCUCCACAACCUCUCCACGUCGAAGAUGAAGAUCAGCAACAAGAGCGCCCCCGAUCUGCUCAAGAAGGCCGUGACGUCGAUCAAGAGCAAGACCGACGCCCUAAGGACGAAGCUCAUCAUCCUGGCCUCGCUGCGCCGCAGGAUGGCGAUCGUCGCUGCCGUGUCUCGCAAGGUCCACACGCUCGUGUCGUCGUCGUCCAGCCAGGAGAAAAUGGCGGCGGACCGCCGUCACAGCAGGGCUCUCGCGCUGAGCAAUAAGGCAAUGGCGACGCCAAGCGAAGGGCCGCCGGCCACUACUGGUGGUGGUGGUGAACGCGGUGGUAGUAAUAAUAAGGCCCAUCUCAGUCUCUUUGAGAUCGCGGUGUUCGACGAGGAUGACGACCAUGUCUACCGUGGUGAUCAUUAUUGGACGAGCAGUUCCCUCUUCGACGAUGGCAAUUAUCGUUGCAGUAAUGAGGAAGAAGAAGAAGACGUCCACCAGGAAGACGGUGCUGAUGAUCUCGAUGACGUUCUUGGUGCGCUCCAUGAGCCCUCCGUCAUCGAGGUCAUCAGGAGCAACCGGGAGGCUGAAGGUCUCAAGUUCAAUAUAGACGAUGAGAUUGACGAGGCUUGUGAUAUGUUCAUUCGGAGAUGUCGCAGCCGGAUGGACCUUAGCUUGUACUGAUCCUUCUGUUAAGACCAAAACUGGUGCUGAGCAAUGAUAGAAAGGGUGGCAAAUGCAUCACUACUGGCGCGGCAUAUUUUUAUGCCUGAAUUUAACAAACUAUAGACGAUAUGAUGACCA